CAAAAGCAAAAAUCAACUCCCCUGACCAAGUUGCUGGCACAAGGAAUUGUAAGCUAUGAAGAGGCCAAAUGGGCAAAGCACAGGAAAAUUCUCAAUCCUGCUUUCCAUUUGGAGAAGAUAAAGGAUAUGCUUCACGCAGUUCAUUUGAGCUGCAGUGAAAUGGUGAGUCAAUGGGAGGAGGCUGUCUCAAUGAAAGAAUCAUCCACCGAACUCGAUAUAUGGCCUUACCUUCAAAGAUUGACUAGUGAUGUUAUUUCUCGCACAGCCUUUGGAAGCAACUAUGAAGAAGGUCGAAAGAUAUUUGAGCUUCAAAAAGAACAAGCUGAGCAUGUCAUUGAAGUUUCUCGCACCUUAUAUAUUCCAGGAUGGAGGUUCUUUCCAACUAAGAGAAACAAAAGGAUGAAGGAGAUUGAGAGAGAAGUUCAAGCAACAAUUAGGGGAAUUAUUGAUAAAAGAGUGAAGGGAAUGAAAGCAGGGGAGGCCAAUACUGAUGACUUAUUAGGCAUAUUGUUGGAAUCCAACUUUAAAGAAAUCGAGCAACACGGUAACAAGAAUUUUGGUAUGACUAUAAAAGAGGUUAUUGAGGAGUGUAAGUUGUUCUAUGUUGCUGGACAAGAGACAACCUCUGUAUGGCUUGUAUGGACUAUGAUUUUGUUAAGCAGGCAUCCAGACUGGCAAGUUCGCGCUAGAGAAGAGGUUUUGCAAGUGUUUGGAGAUGGCAUGCCAGAAUUUGAUGGAUUAAUUCGCUUGAAAGUUGUGACAAUGAUUUUGCACGAGUCGUUAAGGCUAUAUUCACCGGCUAGUGCACUUGGUCGAACCAUUACAACUAAAACAAAGCUAGGGGAACUAACUUUACCAGCAGGAGUGAUGCUGUCUUUACCAACAAUUUUAGUGCAUCAUGACAAGGAAAUAUGGGGCGAAGAUGCAACAGAGUUCAAGCCAGAGAGAUUCAGUGAAGGCAUUUCAAAGGCAACAAAGGGCCAAAUGACGUUUUUCCCAUUUGGCGCGGGACCUAGGAUAUGCAUUGGACUGAACUUCGCAAUGAUAGAAGCGAAGAUGGCUAUGGCUAUGAUUCUGCAACGCUUCGCGUUUGAACUAUCUCCUUCGUACACUCAUGCUCCACAGUCUGUAAUAACUAUGCAACCCAAAUAUGGUGCUCCUCUAAUGUUGCAUAAAUUGUAA